AUGUUACCUUGCAUCGCGGAUAAAGUGCCAGUGGACGCUAUUAGUGUGUUCGCUCCGGCGCCCCCUCCUAUGGAUGGGUAUCCCUUGAAGGAUUCUCAAGAAACGGUUACACCCUUUUCCAGAAAUUUAGACAAGUCCGCAACCCAAGAGGGUCCUAGCUGCACAGACAUUACCCCUUCAUGCGACUUCAUUUCCCCACAUAAACCCAACAUCUCGAAGAUUGGCAUUAACAACAUCAGAAACAACAACAGGGCUUCCAUAUUGGAUAAGUUGGAGCCCUUGACGACCUCUAUAGGUCCUCAGCGAUUGACAGAGGCAGAAACGGGGUUGCCACCUGCCCCCAGUUCGCUUUCCAAGGCGUCCUUCUGCUCAUCUUUCGCUAUUCCUGCUUCGUCUGAGCAGGAGCUAAAGAAUAGGGCGCUUGGUGAGAAUACUGCAUCGCAUCUAGUGAGGAGGGAGAGUUUAGCCAACGGUUUUCUUCCCCCGAUUAACACCGAGCAUGUCAUGAAGCCAACAGAGGUGCCGGAUGUGGCUCUUAAAGAUACCACCCUUCCAAGUACUCGUGGACUUCGCGAUGGUGAUGAUAAUCAGCUGCCCUCUGCUGGGGUGAAAAUACCAGUGAAGCGGUCGGGUUUGGAAUCACCCUCAUGCCCUGUUUUUUCUGCCAUCGAAGUCGUCCGGCCAAAGCGGCGGAAAGGGAAACGAUGUAGCUCUAAAAUGCCGAAGCAUUACUUACGUUAUGAUCUUACACCGGAGGAGAAUAUCCUCAGCAGUGAUAAAAAGGAGAUCCAACGGGAUACUCAGCUGCCCAAUCUAUUAGACACGUCCUCGCGGGAGGAUCCUGGCGCGGAUGAACACCGCGCAAACCCCGCGCCGCCGACGGAGCCGGCGGAAGAAGUUCUUUUGGCUAUAAAAGAUGACCACACCGCGGCCAUUAGCCCUUGUAAAGAUAAAAUCCAUUGCGAGGAUGGUAUUCAUUGCGAGGACCCUCCCGAGCGGCGUGAAUCGCCCCCGACGGGCUUCCCUAUGCUGGAGGGGAACCCCACCAUUCCGUGCGCUUCCGAUCCUAUUCACCACACUAACCCCGUGAGCAGUGAGGAAACCUCGAAGACGCCCCCUCUGAGCGCGGAGACGACAUCCGAAAGCCAUCCCUCUGCGAUAGUUGAGCAGAACCCCGCUCCUUUUUCGCUAUCAGAAAGCGCUUCGACGGUGGUUCUAACGCCGCUGAGGCCGUACAGCCCCGCCAAAGGCGUCGAGGAAUUCCGGAAAGUCGUCGCCGCGGAGGAAGGGGGUGCGGUAAUCCCUCUUCACGCGACCUACCCCACCAGCGGGGAUCCUUCGAAGGCUUUUCGACGCCCACACAGCGCACAGCCCUCGCGGGAGAUGGGGGAGGACUCAAAGCGAAGCCUCCCAACGGGGGGGCUCGAGGAGAAAACCGCGGAUCUGCUUCCCACCCAGGGAUCGCUCUGGAGCAGCCUCCCAGAGAUGCAUCUGGGGGUUCGGGAGACCCCGGCGGUGGAGGAUCCUUCGCGGGCAGACGGGGAGGGAAAGGGCCCUCACGGCAUUUUCCUUGUCGAACCCCUCCCUCGCCUUUUGCUACGGGGUGCCCUUGGGGAGGGCACCCCACUCGGAGGGAUCGCAAAGGUGGAAUCGGCAGCCAAUGGGGAUUCCCCUGAAGGGGGUUUCCGCGAGGAGAAAGAGAAGGAAGGGGAAUCGCAACCUUGCCGAUCCCCUUCGAAAGGGACGCGGGGUCGUUCCACAGAUUCCCCCGCCACCCCGUCGCCGCAGAUUCCGCUUUCGCUUCCGCUUCCACCUUGCGCGGGGGCGGAGCUCACGGUGGUGGUUUCUCCCACCAUCGAGUCGAUCUGCGAUCGAGGCUACGACGGGAUCGCCACCCCGCCGCUGGAGAUGAGCAUCUCCGAUAACCUCCUGGUGGAAUCCCCCGUGCACGCGAUGGGGUACUCCCCGAUAUGGGGGGGACAUGAUAAGGCGGCGAUUUCGUUGCCGUUGGUGGAUAUUUUUCCAACGGUGCGGGAGCCUUUCCGGGAAGGCAGAGGGGGCGCGGGCGUCGCCGUGGGGGAUCCCUCACGAAGCACCGAGAUGUGGCCUUCCGGCGGGGUGAUGUGGGAUUGUCCGGAGGCGCACGCGGGCGAGCCAGGCAAAGGGGCGGAUUCGCCAUUAAAUGACGUGGAGAAAGGAUCGGAUAAGCUUCCGCCGAUUUUCAAACCGUCUCGUUUGUUUGAGGCCGCGCAGGGGGGUGUUGCGAACCGCGAGACGGACGUCCCGGCGGAGAACUUGUACCGUAGGAACUCCGAUGAUUUUGCCUUUUCGGACGCGGAUAGUUGUUCUCUGGUGCUGAAAGGGUUUCAUCCACCGUGCUUUGAGGCGAGGCGUGGUUCUCGUGUGUGCAACCGCGUCACCUUCCUUCUCUUCAGCGAUGAUAGUCUUUCCAAAAAUGAGGACAACAACGGCGUCGGCCGCGGAGCGGCUGAAAAAAGUAUUCCAUAUCUCAACCAGUCCUCGGCGUUGUCGUAUACGGAGGCACAGGAGCCCGACGAGAGCUCCAAGGAGGUUCCGAUACCUAGAAUCGCCUUCCUCCCAUACCCUUCUAGCUUAGCACCGCAGUUUCACCGGCCGUGUGAAAAUGCGCGCGACCCGUCUUUCGCAUUGAAGGCGACCUCCCCGCAUGGAAGUUCCCGGGAGAAUUCGUUGCCCUUCGUCUUCGAUACUAAUGGCGAUGUGAUCGGUUGCGAUUUGAAUCGCAACGUGCAGUCGGGUUCGGCUGAGCUCAACAGGGAGGCGGCGCCGCGCAUCUUAAUCAAAUCCUCUUACCAGACCCCAAAGUCGGAGCGGUCGUAUACGCCGUUAAAUAUCAACUUUGAGCAUCAAGGACGUCACCAGGUGCAUAACGAUCGAAUCGGCGAUGCCCUACACGAUGAAGACAAUAGCGACAGAGAUGAGAACAACAUGUGGAGCUAUGAUGCCUACCAUGAAUCGCCUAUCAGGGAUUCUAAAAAGGAUGACAGUGACUUUUUUGAAAGGUUCGCCUUUCCCAGAAACGGCUCAUGA